AUGUUUCGGCAACCUCCACGCCCAGAUCAGCGAGGUCCUGCCUUGCAAACCAACUCACAGCAGUACAUGCAAGCCCUCCCUGUGCCGUCACCAUAUGGGCAACAUCUCGAGGUGCCGCAACAUCAGAGUUACCCUGAUCAGCGCCAUGGCCAGAUCGACUAUCAACAGUCUGCUCAACCCUUCCAGGCGCUUUCAGGUGUUGCCGCUUAUAGCCAUGCCCAGCGCAAUGGUAUGCAUCCCAACCCCGCACCCCACACCUACAACAUGCAUGCACCUGCUUAUCAGCAGCGCAUCCAAACUUACGAUGCUCGCCCACCAGCUCAGCAGCAGCAGGACAUGGAAACUAACGACACUCGCACACGUGUUCCUCCGCAGCACACCGAAAUGUAUGAUCGUGUACCUGCCCCUCAGCAAGGAGCUGCAUACACAGUGGAGUACCAUGAUAACAGGGUGACAUACCCAAGUGGAGACCAGCAGGGCAUGCGCCCCAUCCCUUACCUUCACCAAAACCUAGUGCCAGGUCAUGAUGGAUGUGGCAUGCAUGAAGGUUGGCAGCCUCAGUAUGGGUCCAUGGCAUAUCAGGCUGCAGAGAACGUACGCACACCCCGUUCUAGUCCUAGGAUGAGCCCUCUGCCUGGUCUGAUGGAGUAUUCCUCUUCUCCGGCCCAGUCUGAAGUCCUACCAGUUGAACAAAAUGAAGUCUUUGAGGUUCGCGCAGUGAGAACUUUGGUGGAACAAGAGGCAUUUGAGGUUCAAGAACACUCAGAAAGACCCUCUGAUAAAUGA